UCAACGCAUAUUAUCUAGUUUAAUAUAAAUUUUGAACUCGAUACCGCACAAUGUCGGCAAAAGGGAGAAAUAAAAAUAGAUUGUCGGAUCGACGGAAGCGUAAUGUUAUCGGAAAGGAGGAAAAAUAUUUACAAGAACGGGAUAAAUCCGAUAAGGAAGAUUCUGAACCCGAGCAAGAAUGGCCAUUACCUUUUCCAGUUGCAAUGUGGGAUCUUGAGCACUGCGAUCCCAAAAAAUGUUCUGGUAGAAAACUUGCAAGACAUGGAUUAAUAAAAACUCUCCGACUCGGGGUUCGAUUUUCUGGGCUAGUUUUAACUCCUGUAGGAACUAAAUGUGUAAGUCCACUCGAUAAACAAAUCAUUCAAGAAAAUGGCUGUGCAGUUGUCGAUUGUAGUUGGGCUCGAUUAGACGAUACUCCGUUUAGUAGAAUGAAAGCACUGCAUCCAAGGUUAUUACCUUUUCUCGUAGCAGCAAAUCCAAUUAAUUAUGGAAAACCAUGUCAAUUAAGUUGCGUUGAAGCUAUAGCUGCUACAUUAAUUAUUACAGGAUUUCCAGAAGAUGCUCACUUUUAUCUUGGUAAGUUUUCUUGGGGACAUUCAUUUUUAGAACUAAAUGCUGAUCUACUAGAAAGCUACGCUGCAUGCUCAAAUAGCGAAGAAAUUAUAGAAGCCCAAGAUAAAUUCUUAAUUAAAGCAAGGCAAGAAAGAGCCGAUAGACUAGCAAUGCCAGAUUUUCCACCAUCGGAAAGUGAAUCGGAAGAUGAUAAAAGUGAGAAAAAUGAAGAAAGUAAAACAGAGACGAGUACGCCAAAUAUAAUUAACGAAGAAGAAAGUAAAGUAUGAUGGAGUAAAAAUCAUGAAGCCCAUUUUUUCAAUUCUGAUAAA